CCCAGGCCGCUGCACUUCCCCAGCGAUUAGCCAAGGACCCAACACAGUCGCCUGACCUCUUUUAAGAACAACAAAACUGUGAUGAGGGCAACAGGACUCAGAAAACUAUUCACUGCAGGAAGUCUCAGUAUCCGGUGAGAAAUAAGAAGCACAGCAGUACAGGAUGCGCCUUGGGUCAGGGGGUUGUGAUAAGUCCUCGGUCUUUGUGUUCUUCUCUGUGCCAGAGUGUCUGCGUCCGAGCCCUCAGUUCUCGCAGCUCAGCUGCUGUCACUGCACUGCUGCCAGCCUCCUGCAGAAGGGGACACGGGGCCAUGAUGGCCACCUCUGCCGGCCUGCUGCUGCCACUGCUGCUUCUGGGCCAGCCCUGGGAGGGGGCCGGAGCUCCCAGGGAAGCUGUGGUGUGCUCUGGGAAUGCCUGCUACACAGCGCACUGGGGCAAGCUGAGUGCGGCCGAGGCCCAGAAUUACUGCAGCAAGAAUGGGGGCAACCUGGCCACGGUGAAGAGUGAGGAGGAGGCCUGGCACGUCCAGCGAGCCCUGACCCAGCUCUUGGAGUCGGCGGAGGCCCUAAAAGCUCGGAUGGGCAAGUUCUGGAUUGGGCUCCAGCGGGAAAAGGGCAAGUGCUUAGACCCCAGCCUGCUGCUGAAAGGCUUCAGCUGGGUGGGCGGCGGGGAAGAUACGCUUUACACCAACUGGAACAAGGAGGUCAGGAACUCCUGCAUCUCUAGGCGCUGUGUGUCCCUGCUGCUGUACCUGUCUCUGCCAUCCCAUGCCAGCCACCUCCCCAAAUGGUCUGAGGGCCCCUGUGGGAGUCCGAACUCUCCUGGAAGCAACAUCGAAGGCUUUGUGUGCAAGUUCAGUUUCAAAGGCAUGUGCCAGCCUCUGGCUCUGGGUGGCCCAGGCCGGGUGGAAUACAGGACCCCGUUCCAGGCCACCAGCUCCUCUCUGGACACCGUGCCCUUCGCCUCUGUGGCUAACGUAGCUUGUGGAGAUGAGGACGAGGGUCGAGAGCAUUACUUCCUGUGCAAGGAGAAGGCCCCUAAUGUGUUCGACUGGGGCAGCUCAGGUCCCCUCUGUGUCAGCCCCAAGUACGGCUGCAGCUUCAACAAUGGGGGCUGCCAGCAAGACUGCUUUGAGGGUGGCGAUGGCUCCUUCCGCUGUGGCUGUCGGCCGGGGUUCCGGCUGCUGGACGACCUGGUGACCUGUGCCUCCCGGGACCCUUGCAGCUCCAACCCAUGCAAAGGGGCAGCCACCUGCAUCGCGGGACCCCACAGGAAGAACUACACGUGCCGCUGCCCCCAAGGCUACCAGCUGGACUCAAUUCAGCAGGACUGCGUGGAUGUGGAUGAGUGCCAGGAUUCCCCCUGCCCACAAGAGUGUCUCAACACCCCCGGGGGCUUCCACUGUGAGUGCUGGGUGGGCUACGAGCCCCGAGGCCCUGGGGAGGUGGCCUGUCAGGACGUGGAUGAGUGUGCCCCGGGCCGCUCACCCUGCGCCCAGGGCUGCACUAACACGGACGGCUCGUUCUCCUGCUUCUGCAAGGAGGGUUAUGUCCUGGCUGGGGAGGAUGGCACCCAGUGCCUGGAUGUAGAUGAGUGUAAGGGCCCAGAGAAUGGCCUUUGUGAUGGCUUGUGUCUUAACACGCAGGGGUCCUUCCGCUGCAGCUGCCUGCCCGGCUGGGAGCUGAGCCCAGAUGGAGUCUCAUGCACCAUGAACUCUACAUACCUGGCACCAUGGACUGGGUCUCCCCAAGAGGAGGAUACGGGAGAUAGAGAGGGGGAUCUUGUGUAUUCUCCCACAAUAUCCAGGCCCACCAGGGACCCUGAGGGCACCUCCAAGGAGGCACCCACCACAGAGAGACCCUCUCUCUUACCUGAAGCCCCCAUCAACCUGGUCACACCUGACAUGCUGGCUCCCAAUGGGCUCCCUGGUGAAUGGAUGGAGCCCAGCACCCAUCACCCCAAGGCCAUCACAGAUCAUGGAAAGAAUAUGGAUGAGGAUUUCAUGGCCAAACAAAGCGACAAUGGCACCGACGGGCAAAAGCUGCUUUUGUUCUACAUUCUGGGCACAGUGGUGGCCAUCUUACUCUUACUGGCUUUGGCUCUCGGGCUUCUGGUCUAUCGCAAGCGGAAAGCAAAGAGGGAGGAGGAGAAGGAGAAAAAGCCCCAGAAUGCAGCUGACAGAUACUCCUGGGCUCAAGAGCGGUCUGAGAACAGAGCCUUGGAGAAUCAGUACAGUCUGACACCAGGGACGGACUGCUGAAAGGUGAGGUGGCCCCAGGGACACUGCCAUUUGUCCAUCACCAUCCUCAGAGCUUUCCACACCUCAUUGGAAGGGGAAACUCACAUCCUUCACAAAGACGGGAACAGAAUCUUAACAGACAAUUGUAAACAUUCUUAAAAGCCUGGCAACUUGGAAUAUACAGGUAUUUUCUAUGUGUGUGUGGUAUUCCUGAAGUGGAAGCAAUGGGUUUGGGAUGUCAUUUCGGGAAUUUUGUGGAUGUUAACAAUUCUCACUUUCCCUUUGCAAAUUCAAAUGUGACUGAUUUCACAUUUCCCACUGUUUCUCUAUCAGGGAGUUACAAAUCAGGUGCUAAUGGGGCUCCUUUUGAACUGCUUCUCUGGUCACUUGAAUCAUGUGAGAAGAAAAAGUGGCCUGCUAAUGCUAAUUAGGCUUGAAAUGAUUUGUUCCUCUUGGUAUAACAGAGACUAAAUCAUUGUUUAACGAUGUAAAAAAUCUUUUUGUUUUCUUUUCUUUUUUUUGUCAAAAGGAACAUAUUGAGGACUGGAAAUAUUUCUUUACAUUUGCGUUCAUGUAUUUUCCCAUUACAAGCCCUGCUAUGCUUGACCUUGUUGAAAUCCUCCAGAAUGACCACAGUACCCUGGAAAGCUCAGGUAGCAAGGACGCUGGAAGUUUACAAAUUGCAUUACCCAGUUCUUAACAUUUCUAAUAGUUUUGGGUGUCUUUGCAAGUGAAGUCUGGAAAAUGUGAAAGAAGGAUGAUGAAGUGAAUUGAAAGUGUUUUUGAGAACAAGUAAUCUAAAGCGCUGGAGAGGAAGGCCUGGGGUUUGUUUCACAAAUACUUGAAUCAAUCCAUCUAAAUGCACUUGUGUUAACACAUUGUUAAUGAGGUGAACGCCCAAUGAAGAAAAAAGUCAGAGUCAUCUC